AUGUCUGCGACCAUCCAUUUAGACCAUUCGCAUACCCAUUUCACCAAUCUUGAUUUCCUGUCCGGCAAGGUCGUCAUCAAUUUGCCUACCGAGGCGGCAAUCGGUGGCAUCCAGGUGAAGCUUCAGGGAGAAAGUCGCACACGUCUGUCGGGACCCCGGAAUCCGCACCAUGAGCAGUCCGAUAAGAAGCGCACGGAACUGGAGGUUCAUAAGCUCUUGUAUAAAGUCGUCACCGUUUUCCCCACCCCGGAGGUUUUCAACUCCAAGGCUCCAAAUACGACGUAUACUUUUGCUUCCGGGACAUACGAGUAUCCCUUUCAAUUCAAGUUCCCGUUCAACAAUGCCUGCAGCGUGCACAAUAGCAUGCUCACCAACUUGAAUAUCACCGGACUCAAAGUUGAAAUGGCCAAGGAUACGAAUCGUCAUGUUAAAAAGACAUUGCCCCCUUCUCUGAGCGGCUUUCCCGGCGAGGCGGAUAUUAAAUAUUACCUAAAGGCGACGAUCAUCCGGCCGCAAUUUUACAAGGAAAACAUCAGAGCGAUCCAUGACUUGAAUUUCCUUCCCAUCGAACCACCGAGAACGGGCAGCCCGAAUGAAGAAACGUAUGCGAGGCGCCAGCAUCAGUUUACAAAGGCCCCCAAUGGUUCCAAAACCAAGAGCUUGUUCCAGAAGGUCUCGUCUACUUCGCUUCGGGAUAGUUCUUCGGAUUCUCCGCGUGUUUCCGCAGAUAUCAGACUACCGAAUCCGUCCAUCCUCACCUGCAAUGAGCCCAUCCCGCUGCGGGUGCUGGUGAGCAAGGUGUCAGAGUCAUACGAGACGAUUUUCCUGCAGAUGCUGCAAAUCGAAUUGAUCGGGUACACGCAUAUCCUGGCCCACGAUCUACGACGGACGGAAAGCGGCAGCUGGGUGAUUAUGAGCCGUAGUAAUAUGGGGAUCCCACUUGGGAGAGGCGGUGAUCCGUCGGGCACCGAAUGGACCCUCGAUUCCAGCAUGUGGAAUCGGGUGCCUCUGCCCAGCUCAGUAGCGCCGAGUUUCGAAACAUGCAACAUCUCAAGAUCGUACGAGCUGGAGGUCCGAAUUGGUCUGACGCAUGGUAGCAUUGGGAAUAUGAAACCUCAACUCAUCAUACUCCCGCUAAGGAUGCCUGUCAAAGUGUUCUCUGGAAUCGCUCCGCCUCAGGCCCUGCUGGAUGCCAUGGCUGCCACGGGACGGGUCAAACCAACGGCGCCGGUGCCACCUUCACCUUCAGUUCCGGACCGACCCGCGGGGGGUGCCAGUUCGCGCCCGCCCAUGCCUCCCAGGCCUUCGGCGGCUCCUGUGCCCGUGCCCGCCACGGAGGACAACUAUGACGAAGCUCCUCCUAGCUACGAGGACGCGAUGGCCGAAACCCUCAGUCCCGUAGCUGGCCCCCGUCGCGAGUAUAACCCACCAGAUGCCUCCUCUUCCGGAAGAUCCGUUGAAUCUGGAGCUGAUCCAAGACCGUCAGUUUACCCGGCAAAGGAUUCUGAGGCUCGGACCCCUUACGGUAACCGCGAAGCGAAUUCAUCCGCGGAGUCGUUCGAUAUGCUUCCUUCGACGCCGCCGGAGUCCCAUUCCGGCUCGCCCCCGACGUCGCCCGUUGCCCGUCAACAGAGCAUCCUGAAAAUCCACAAAAUGGCGCCCCCUCCGGAGGAUAACCCGCCUCAAUAUCAGCCAGUUGCAGACAGCCACCUUCAACCGGCAUCACCGGGUCCGGCCGAGCGUAGACCCUCCGGGUCUGAUUUCCGUCCCAUUCGACUGGGUGUCCCAAGUAGAAAGCCGGUGCCACGGAGUUCAAGCUCCGCGGGUCCUUGA